UGAAGCGUCAUUGUUUGCAAUCAUCGGAAUAAUGUUUGCCUAAGAUUAACAUCAGGUGUACGCAUGUGCAAACUUACAGCCACUCGACAUGGUUACAACGAACUAGCAAUUGAAAUCCCGUGGAAAGUGGUGGAUCUUAUAUGAAAACAUUGCCAUAUACAUGUAUUCAGUUUCUGUUUUUGAAUUCUGCUGUGAUCCUACAUGUUAUAGGAAAGAGCUCAGGUGCGGCAGCGGGAGACCAUGAGAGUAAAUUUGUUGUACGGUCUCUAGGGCAAGUUCGGAGUAAGAGUUCCUAGACUCUGAUGGGAACAACCGCCAGCACGGGCACUGCCAUGGCAGCGGGAACAACAACGGCGUUUGCCGCUCACGCCUUGGUCAAAUGGAAAACGCGGAGAGAACUCACGUCAAACCCCGGUCAGACUGACCGCACCGUUUAUGAAAAAUACCCAGAGCUCACGGAGGCUUUGGAAGCCGUAGAGGAAGCCAGUCAGCGACUAGGAGAUCCGGAGAACCAAAAAAGUCUCAAAGCAAGGACGUCUUUAAUUUCUUACUUAAAUGAAUACGUCACCGGCGCUCCGCUGGAAUUCACGAAAGUCGAGGAACGCAGUGCUCUGGCCACUUACGCGGCCGAGAUCCAGUUAGCUGACCAGUUGACCGAAUACUAUAUGAAUACACUGGAAAUGUAUGGAUUAUCAACGGUAACACACCUUGACUACUCCAGUAUUAGGGGACAUGAGCUCCACACUCUACGUCUAUUGGCGCUGAACUAUAGUGACGCGAGUAUGGAGUUUGCGACGCGUCUGGUUAACGCCGGUUUCUUGCGUUUGCUGCUGCAGGAUUUGUCGGCGGUUUCAGAGGGAAUAACCUCAGGGAAAUUAAGCAUUAAGAAUAAAAAUGUCCACGUGGCUCUCUGGACCAAUAUUUCUAUUCUACACAAUUGUGCCAAGUGGGAAAAUUGUAAGCAAGACUUUCAGGAACUCGACGCCAUUAAUAUUCUCCUGCCGUACAAAGACGCUGAGAACCAGGGCAUCAAGGCAGCAGUUAUUAUGACCCUGGCUUACAUAGUGGAAGAAGAAAACAACCACAUAUUGACUUCCGAUGAAAGCGUCUUCGAUUUCAUGAUCUCUCUCCUAACCAAGGCAUUGGAGAAAGACAACCACCAUGAAAUCUUCUGGGCUGACGAGCUGGCGGCCGGACUCGAGGCGUUGGCCAAGAAUGAGGACAACAAACCCGUCAUAGUCAGGAAAGGUGCUCUGCCUUUGUUGACCAAGAUGCUGUCGUCGCCGGAUGAGACUGAAGUCGACCCUGCAGUGAGUGCCAUAUGGGAGCUGUCCUUUAACAACGAGAAUAAAACGGCCAUAAAGACCGAAAAUGAAUGUUUAGACAGAGUGAAAGACUUGAUAAAGCAUCGAAACCCUGACAUCGCCCAGGCGGCAGACUCCAUCUUCUGGGAGUUAGAUAUUGACGUGGAGUCUGGUGAAGAAAAAGGCAAAGAGCUGGACACAAUAGACCAGAAUCUUCCCAAUGGUGCCCCGAGUCCUAAGACGUGGCCCAAUUCAAAAGCAGCUCUGUGGGGUGAAUCUGCCUCCGGGCAACAUAUUAUGAUCAGUUAUAACUGGGAUAACCAGCCCAUUCUUAUUAAGGUUAAAGACGCGCUGGUCAGUCUUGGCUACAAAGUCUGGAUGGACAUUGAGCAGAUGAGGGGUUCCACCUCGGACGCCAUGUCGUCUGCUGUGGAGAACGCUGCCGUCGUGUUGAUAGCCAUGUCGCAGAAAUACAAAGAUAGUAAACCGUGCCGAAAAGAGGCAGAAUACGCAGAUGAACAAAACAAGGCUAUCAUCCCUCUGCUGGUCCAGCCGGGGUACAAACCUAACGGUUGGCUGGGACUGCUGGUGGGGAAAGCCCUGUACUACGACAUCAGCGGCAAGUUCAAUAUCCGCAGUAAGGUCAACGACCUGGCCACCGCUCUGGGGGACCGCGGGAAGAGGAAAGGAGGGGUGCCGGCAUUUCUUGUGGUCCCCGACCACUCGCGUACCCGUCCGUCCAGCGUCCAGGGAUCAAAGAAAGCCGUGCAAGACUGGGGGAAAGAGGACGUCAUAGGGUGGCUGAAAUCAUACGGCCUAGAAAAGUUGUCUCAUUUGGCGUCGCUUACUGGUGAAGAAAUAGGAUAUCUACAGGAAUUAAGAAUAGAGGCUCCAGAAUUCUUCCAUAGCUAUAUUUUUGAUCGACUGGCCAUAAAACACCUCCGGGACAUGAAGGCAUUGUCGACUGCUUUGAAACAGCUUUAACCAGAGAAGAAUUAUAAACAAGUCUUCUAAUUCUGCAACGUUUUGUUAAAUGCUGGGGACCAUUUUAUAUCCAAUCCCUUUAUUCAAUGGGAACACUGUGUUGUAAAUUGAAGCAGCCCACGCUGGUGGCGCCCUCGCUUGGUAUAAUUUGAUAUUACUGAUCACGUGGCGUUUGGGUAACUAUAAAAAAUUCAAUUAAAAUCCGCCAUCUGUUACACUAAUACGGCCUAUAGUGUACACGAGGUUUAAUGAAAUUUUAGGGAAAAAAACAUGUCAAGUACACUGUAUUUGUUAAGAUUUUUAUACAAAUGUGUUUCUAGAAGUAUUUUUUAAGAAUGUUUUUUUAUCUUAUUACAUACAACGCAUUAUAGAUAUUUACAUGUUUGCAGUUUUCGAAAAUAUGUAAUCCAAAUAUUUUAUUAAACGUUAAUGAUUUUUGUACAAAUUUUUAACAACUUUUGUAUAAAUAUAGUUCGGCUAUCACCAACUGUGCAUAAAAAACUUCAUAUCAUAUUUAUAUUUACAAAAAGUAUAUGUUACAUAUAAUAUGAGGAUAUAUAACAUUUUAUAUUGUGUUGCUCUUGGUAAAAUUUAAUGACAUCCCGGUACAAGAAAACAUUGCGUAGAAGCAAAGGGACGUGUGGGAACCCACAGUGUGAUCUCUACGUUCUGGUUUGAAAUUUUUACAACAUGCCACGUGCCAUAUACUGGUAAUACAGGUGAAUAAUAAUACUCGAAGAGAUAAAUAAAUGGAAAAUAAAAAUAAUGAUGGUUUUUCUAUAAUUUCUGUCACAUGUCUCAAGAACUGCAAUCUAAAUAGGUGGAGGUGGGGGUUAUGGUUGGAAAUUCUUCACCAGUUCUUUCAAGUUAAGACUCCCAUUGACCGUUUGCACAUGUACUUCAAGGAAGAAGGGUGUGCGUAGGGCCUGGUGUCCCC